AUACAUCAAUUUAUUUUGCAAAUCAAUCGAAAAAAAAAUUACUUUAUAUCUGUUUUAUUUGCAAUAACAUUCACUUUGCAUCCGUUAAAAUGAAAAGCCGAUCAGCGACGGCUUCAUCUUCAAAGGAAUCGAAUGGAAUUGAACUAGAGCGAACAAAUAUCAAGAGGCCAUAUAAUCGUAAAUCUUUGCUAUGCCGACUAUGCCUAAGGGUGCUUCCGAAGGAGCAACUUCCGGAAAUAUUUGAACAUAACAACAACAUACAAAAAGCCAUACGUACAGCUGUUGGCACAGAAGUAACCCGGAAAGAUCGAUCGAAUCGGAUUUGUUUUUGCUGCCUUGAGUUGGUUCAUUUGAUUAAUGACUUCCGUGGAAGCUGUGAACGAACGGAGCUGUUGUUUACUCAAAAUGUAGAAAUUUCUGACAGUGCUUUUUGGAUCGAUGAAUCCGAUCAGAAGGUGUUUGGAAAGUGCCGAGCUUUGGUUGAACAAUGCAAAACUGAAGUUGAUAACAUUUUUACGGAUCAAUCGGAAUUUUUCUGCAAUGUUCAAACGGAACAGUUACUGGAUGAAUCAUGCGAUGCAGUUCAGAGAUCUAUUGCAGAACCUAUCGUUAAGCGGGAGGAAACAUAUGAUAUCAACGACGUGGAUGUGGAAUCAAGCAUUAUUAAGGAAGAACCGCAUGACGAACAGCACCUGGAUCAGAUUGACACUGAUAGUGAGCCUGAUUUUGAGGGCUCGGAUACUGAUGAUCCGGAUUAUAAAAUUGAAGAUCAGCCUGAACAAAAAGAAGAAGAAGUCGAACCCAGUUCGACUACAACGGCAAAACGGAAAAAGCGAGAAUCAGGCGGACUACCACGCCGUCGUGGACGGCCUUCCUUGCCGGAAGAACUGCUCAAACGAAGAAGACGUAAACCGGGUGAACCCAAGAAGAAGCCUGGACCGAAGAAUCGAAUUAAACUACCAGCUCAAUCGGUUUGCGAAAUCUGUGGAAUGAUGGUGAGUCGUGAAAAUCAGGAACGGCAUCGAAACGAUCACCUCGGCAACCGCCCGUAUGCCUGUACGGUCGAAGGUUGUUCCCAUGCCUUCUCCAGUAAGGCUGGGCUGCACGGUCAUCUGGCCCGACACGCAGACCGGAACAAUGUAUACGAUUGUGACAUUUGUGGAGCGAAAAUCAAGACCAAAAGCUCUCUACACCGCCAUAGGAAGAUGCAUACCACUGAGAAGCCACACGCAUGUGAUAUUUGUGGCAAACGGUUCUGGCGGAAAAGCUAUCUUAACCAUCACGCUACGGUCCACACUGGGAUUGCGAAAUUCCCGUGCGAGUAUUGUGGCUUUGUUUUUAAAAAUAAGUAUUGGCGCUCGUUCCACAUCAAGCAGAAACAUGUGGCCAAAGGGGAGGCGCCCAAGUUUGAAGCAUUAGAAGAGUUGGAGGAGAAUGGUGAAAUGGCUGAAGUUAUGGAGGAAGGAAUGGAGAUGGGUAUGAUUUAGACCUGGAAUAUCAAAUAAAGUAGCGAUUGAACGG